AAAAAAGGAAAGCGGGACUCCAGCGGCCGUUGGCCGAAUGUUUACCGAGCAGGCAGCAGAGUGGCGGCGCUGAGGAAAGUGACAGUCGCGCUGGAGGCUCGGUGCAUGGUGGGAAACGCAGGUGAUCUCAGCGUCCACGGUUGCAUUUCACAGCGGUAUGUUCACUCGAAGGGGACAUGGAGACGUCAAGAAAUCUACACAGAAAGUUCUGGACCCAAAGAAGGACGUGCUGACCCGGCUCAAACACCUGCGGUCACUGUUAGAUAUCAUUGACAAGAGUGAAUUGAAGCCGUUCUUCGAAUGCAACUGUUCUCAGAUUUAUUUUAUCUUCUAUGAAAAUUUCAUUACACUGGAAAGCAACUUAAAACUAAAAGGGAACAAAUCUCAAAGGGAGGAGCUGGACUCUAUCCUCUUUAUUUUUGAAAAAAUUCUUCAACAUCUGCCUGAGAAAAUCUACAACCGAUGGCAGUUUCACAGUAUAGGUUCCAUACUGAAAAAGCUUCUACACACUGGAAAUUCAUUCAAGAUCCGAUGUGAUGGGAUUCGUCUCUUCCUGCUGUGGCUGCAGGCCCUUCGGGACAACUGUGCCGAGGAGCAGUUCCUUAUCUUUGCCUGUCUGGUGCCAGGAUUCCCCGCCGUGCCCUCCUCCAGAGGGCCCUGCACCCUCGACACCAUCAUUUACAACCCCUUCUCUAAUCCCCCUGAUGCCAAGGUGGUGCCGGAGGAGAUUACCCCGCUGGUUCCGGCUGUAGUCGGAGAAAAGGUUGCAGAUGACCAGACCUGUUACGUCCUCGAAACCCUGCUCAAGUACAUGGUCAUCCAGGCAUCCAGUUUAGAAUGGCGCAACAAAGAGAACCAGGACACGGGCUUUAGGUUUCUCUUCAGCCUGUUCAAGAAGUACUACCUUCCACACCUCUUCCCCUGCUUCACCAAGCUUACAAAUCUCUACAAGCCUUUAUUAGACCUCCCCCACCACCGACCAAAACCCUUGUAUGUGCCGGUGACGCGGAACAAUGAGAGCACCUUCUGCACCAGGGACCAGUACCUGGCCCCCCGUGUGGCCUUCAUCUCCUGGCUGGUCACCUUCUUCCUGGAGAAGAAGUACGUCAGCAGUGCCGCUGCGGCGCAGAGCGCCAAGAACGGCACCGAGGUCAUUCCCAAACUCAUCCAGACUGUCACUGCAGGCAGUAGCAGCCAGGAGAAGGAGAAGGAGAAGACAUCCGAGGGCGAUACGACCGGGCCAGCGGGUGAGCCGGAGAAGAGCCACUCCAACAGCAGCACGCUGUCCGAUCGACGGCACAGCGAUUCCAGUUUGUGUAGCAUUGAGGAGGAGCACCGCCAUGUCUAUGACAUGGUGCAUGCCAUCCUGCUGUCCACCAGAGACAAUGUGAAUUUUGUCAACGAGGUCUUCCACCAGGCCUUCCUGCUACCGUCUUGCGAGGCAUCAGCAACCAGGAAGGUGAUCAAAGUGUACAGGAAGUGGAUCCUGCAGGACAAGCCCGGCUUUAUGGCAGAGCCUGAGAAAACCACCCAGGAAGAUGAGGUUGAUGACCACUCUGAACCGAUACUCAGCCCAGAGGUUACCAACAUGCACGUAGAGACGGUAGAGAGUCACGGCCACAGGCGUUCGUCCAGCUGGGGGAGGACUUACUCGUUCAGCAGCGCCAUCAACAGGGGCUUUCUCACCGAGGGGCAGAACAGGGAUGUCAAGGCUGGUAUCCAGCCCACACUACAGGUGUUCCUGACCAACUCGUCCAACGUUUUCCUGCUGGAGCCAUGCCAAGAUGUAGCUAAACUCCUGGAUAACCAGGUCGAGGUGUGCAAGGGUGUUCUCAGCAUCUACCGGCACAUGAUCAUGGAGCACACGAUGAAUACACAGACAUGGGAGCAGUUGCUGCAGGUACUGCUGAGGAUCACUGAGGCAGUGAUGAAGAGGCCACUGGAAAACCAAAGAAAAGACAAUUUCGCUGAAAGCUUAGCAUCUAUACUUUUUAGGACCAUCAUUGUGGCGUGGGUGCGAGCCAACUUAUGCGUAUUUAUCUCCCGGGAGCUAUGGGACGAGCUGCUGGCAGUGCUGUCCUCUCUUACCUGCUGGGAGGAGCUGGUGGUAGAGUGGGCCAGCAUCAUGGACUCGCUGACGGCUGUGCUGGCACGCUCCGUUUACGGCCUGGACAUGGCCAACCUGCCUCUGGACAAACUCAGCGAACAGAAGGAGAAGAAGCAAAGAGGACGUGGUGUGCUCCAGGACUCUCAGAAGGCAGCGGCAGCAGCAGUGGCGCGCUCCUUUUCACUGAGUUGGAGGAACCAAGGGGAGCAGGCCGGACAAGGAGUUCAGGAGCCCAUGAGGAUUCGCUCCGCCACGACGUCAGGAGCUCCCGGUGUAGAGAAAGCCCGAAACAACGUCCGACAGAAGGCUUCCGCGAAGCGAAGCCAGUCCAUCAGCAACUGUGUUCAUCUGUACGAGGCUUUGCCCAAUGCUAAAAGCGUUCCUAUGCUGCUCCACACUGUGAGCUCUUUCUUGCCUGGUAUCUCUUCUGGUAACUCUGCUUGCUCUCACAGACUCUCAGAUGUGGAGGAGUGUCAGCUGUCAGAAUGUGGGGGGGAGGAGGAGCUGGCAGGCGGGGAAAGCCCUCUGCCACGUAGCAGCAGCACCUCCGACAUCACCGAGCAACUGUCUGACACUCUACCAGCCCAGAAGAGAGAGCACUCCCCUACUUCCUGUGGCUCUGACAGCAGGACAUCUGAGGAAAGGAGAGAGAGCAGCGAGCCACCAGUGAUCCACAUCCGGCGGAGCAGCAGUCCAACUGAAACCGAGUGCAACGCUGAGGGACACACAAACUACCCGAGACCCAAGCUCAGAGAAAAAAGCGAGAGCAUAAGCAGCGAGACAUCCAACGGCUACCUCAAUGAAGCUGAGGUUACCUGGCAGGCCUUUGAUGAGGAAGCUGACACUCAGUCCACGCAGUCAGCCCACAUGGACGUGACUACCGACCCCCAGAGCCAGGGCAGUCUGCUGCUCAUCCACAACGAGGCUCUCGCAGGUCCCGAGUGUGCCCUCCCUCCCCACUCUGCACCCCAGUCCUACCACAACCACUACCACUACCCCCAGAACCCGCCCGCCUCACCAGCCCUGCUGGUGCACACAGAAUGCCCGCGGGACUGCCCCCUGGACGACACCAUGCAUCAGUCUGUCUUACACAUGCCACACCACAUGGACAGUAGUGAGUGUCUAGCUGAUGAUGUCAGCAUAAUUGCGGGCGGGACCUUGACUGGUUGGCAUGCUGAUUCGGCCUUCGUCCUGUGGAGGAGGAUUUUGGGUAUUUUGGGAGAUGUCAACAGCAUCCGCUGUCCAAAAAUCCAUGCCAAGGUCUUCUACUGUCUGUAUGAGCUCUGGCACAAGCUGGCCAAGAUCCGGGACAAUCUCGGGAUCAGUGUGGACAACCUGUCUUCUCCCCCCCAGCCCGCCUUCAUCCCUCCUCUUCGAAUGCUGGCCUCCUGGCUCUUUAGGGCCACCAUGCUGCCGCCUGAGUACAAGGCCGGCAAGCUGCAGGCCUACAAGCUGAUCUGUGAGAUGAUGACCAGGCACCAGGACGUGAUCCCCAACAGUGAAUUCCUGGUGCACCUCUACCACGUCAUGCACAAGGGCAUCACCAGCAACGACCAGGAUGUGUUGAACACCAUCGUCCGUUGCUGCUCGCCUCGCUUCUUCUUCCUCGGCCUGCCGGGCUUCACGAUGCUCGUUGGAGAUUUCAUCACUGCUGCUGCCUGCGUGCUCAGCUCCGUCUCCUCAGAGGCUCCAAGGACGGAGGCUCAGACCGUCCUGGGCUCUCUCGUGUGUUUCCCCAACCUUUAUCUACAGAUUCCUGUCCUGCAGCGUGUGCCGGGCUCUGAUGACAUCACCGUAAGCGAUGAGAAUAUCAAGGAUUACCUGGUCAACAUCUUACUAGAGACUGCAACAAAGGAACACUGUGAAGGGGCCAGGUGCAUUGCUGUGUGCAGUCUGGGUUUGUGGGUGUGUGAGGAGCUGAUGCAGAACAACAUCCACCACCAGGUCAAAGACGCCAUCAAUGUUCUGGGAGUAACACUAAAGUUUGGGAACAAAGCGGUGGCUCAAGUGGCCUGUGACGUGUUUCAGCUGCUCAUCUCCCACUGGGAACAUCUCCUGAGGUUGGAGUCCACUUUGCCUAAGAAAAUCAUUGAGAUCUUUGUGGCCACAAUAGCCUUUUUGUUGCCAAGCGCAGAGCACUCAACAGUGGAAGCAGACAAAAAGUUGAUGGUGUCCCUGCUGCUCUGCCUGUUGGACUGGUGCAUGGCCGUUCCCCUGAGUCUGCUGCUGGAGCCCAUCACCAUGCCGUCGCUGGAGGACCGCACGUCCCACAAGGCCCCGCUGCUGGACUACAUCUACAGGGCGCUGCACUGCUGUGUGGCCGGCUCCAACCUGCACACCCAACAGAGCCACUACCUGCUCAGCCUGUCAGACUUGUCCACUGACUAUGACCUCAUGUUGGGUCAAGUUAAGAGCUUCGAGCCGCCGCCCUCCCAGACCGCCACCACCGACUUCGGCGACCUGCUCACCGUCGCCGAGGAAAAGCGACGUCGGAACAUGGAGUUGAUUCCCCUGACGGCGCGGAUGGUCAUGACGCACCUCGUGAACCAUCUCGGCCAUCAUCCCCUGAGUGGCGGCCCCGCCCUGCUCCAUAGCCUCGUGAGCGAGAACCACGACAACCCUUACGUGGAGUCGUCCGAGCUGUCCUCCGAGGUCUUCAAAAGCCCCAACCUGCAGCUGUUUGUCUUCAACGACAGCACGCUGGUGUCCUACCUGCAGAUCCCCGCCGAGGCCCCCGCUGUCGGACAGCCCCCCAAGCCCUCCUCCCAAGUGCGCGUCAUCGUCCGGGACAUCUCGGGCAAAUACUCGUGGGAUGGCGCAAUCCUCUACUGCACCACCCAGGAGGACUCUGUCGAUGCAGGCGUUUUUAAUGCAGUUGAUCGCCCUCUUUCGACGACCGCCGAUGUCUCUCACAGCGGAAACCAGCCCAACUCUCCGACAAAGGGGCCGUACAAAAACCACUGCUCCGUCUCGGACUCACUCUCCGACUGCUGUGAGGAGGAGGAGGUCGAUAUUCUGGAUAUGCUUUUGGAGAACCUCGGCCACAGCAGCCCAGAAUGCCUGCCCCAGCCACAGCUCAGGCUCAACCAGCCGGCCUCCUCCCCCCAUGGCAUGAACAUAGAACAAGAGAGCGCCAUCCUCGAGGCCAUUCUGCGCCAGACGCAGCAGGAGGAAGAGCAAGUGAGGAGGUGGGAUGCUGAUGUCAGUUUUCGGGCCGCCUGCCACAGGGAACCCUCCCACCAGGAGCCGAAGGCCCCUUUCUACUUCUGCCGGCUGCUCCUUAAUGACCUUGGCAUGAACUCUUGGGACCGCAGGAAAAGUUUCCAUCUGUUGAAGAAGAACUCCAAACUCUUAAGGGAACUGAAGAACUUGGAUUCCAGACAGUGCCGAGAGACGCACAAGAUUGCCGUGUUCUACAUUGGAGAGGGCCAAGAGGACAAGUGCUCCAUCUUAUCAAACAGCGCAGGCAGCCAGGCGUACGAGGACUUUGUGUCUGGGCUGGGAUGGGAGGUGGACCUGGCCACGCACUGUGGCUUUAUGGGUGGCCUCCAGAGGAAUGGCAGCACGGGUCUCACGGCUCCUUACUACGCUACGUCCACCGUGGAAACCAUCUUCCACGUCUCCACUCGCAUGCCAUCUGAUUCUAAUGACUGCCUCACCAAAAAGCUGCGUCACCUGGGAAAUGACGAGGUGCACAUCGUGUGGUCAGAGCACACACGGGACUACCGACGUGGCAUCGUCCCAACGGAUUUUGGGGACGUGCUGAUAAUCAUCUACCCAAUGAAGAACCACAUGUAUUUUAUCCAGAUCAUGAAGAAACAGGUUCCUUUCUUCGGGCCGCUGUUUAACGGCGCCAUCGUCACUGGGACGCUGCUUCCGAGCUUGGUGCGGGCCACCUGUAUCAAUGCCAGCAGAGCUGUCAAGUCCCGGCUGACUCUCUACCAGAGCUUCUAUGAGGAGCGGGCGCUCUACCUGGAGGCCAUUGUGCAGAACCACAGAGAGGUCAUGACCUUUGAAGACUUUGCCUCACAGGUCUUCUCUCCUUCUCCCGGCUAUCCAAUGAGUGGGACAGGCUCCUUCACCGGCAGCGCGAGCACCGAAGCUGGAAGCACCGCGACGGACUCCGUCGACCAGGUUUCUCCCACGAUGCCGCGGGCCACAAAGAACCGAGUUUCCGGAAAACUCCGCCGAUCAGCCAGCGCUAUAAGCAAAUCCUCCAAUUGAGCUCUUCAUCCCCUCCUCCCCCCCCCCCCCACCCCCGCCCAGAGUGCAGCCUUUAACCUUUCGCCGGGGCUGAGAGAGUUGUGUCUUUUUUCCCGUGAGUCCUUUGUUUUUAUUUCGUGUCCCCCCACAUGUAACUGGAGCAUAUUGCAAUUUUUUUAAUUUAAGUGUCAAUCAUUGAUUUCCAUUUGUCGUGGCGUUUAACGGCUCGAUCGAGAUGGACGUGUGACUAUUUAUGUUCACCCUGGUGGUUUCUGCUUCAGACGUAGGAGUCUUAAAGCGACCUGUGAUAACAAUGUCAUUUUUAUUCCCGUGUUGUCGUCCGGCUGCACUGGAGAGGAACAGUUCUCCUCCAGUGAGGCGCCGGAGGACGGCUCCGCUUUGUUUCCACGCCUCCGUCUCUUAAUGCGAUGAAGCACUGAACGACACGGCUGUAAAUGGCACCUCGCUGAACCUGCACUAAAGAUUGGUCUCCAUUUAUAGACGUGUCUGCCUUUUAUACCUCCUUCUGCACCUGCCACCACCUUCCUGUGUCCAAGAGAAGCACUUCGGGCGGUGGCCGUGGUCAGCUACACUGGAAAGGAGCACACACUGAUCACGGGGGCCUCCCCAGAACCAGAACUCACUGCACGACCACUCAGGCUUCCGGGGCCACGGAGGCCCUGCAGUAUACGAGCAGCCAGAGGCUUCUUUUCAUUUUAUUGUUUUGAACCCAGAGCGGACAAUCAAUGACUAGCUUGAGCUGAAGAGGAAGAAAUUUGUUUUUGUUUUUUUUAUCACAUUAAUUUCCCUUUUUAAAUGAAUUCCGAUGGAUUGUGUCACGAUUUGAUUUAUGCAUCUCUGCUGGAAUGAGAAAAGACUGCGUCUGUAAUCGUCCUCUGAUGUCGUUAACGUGAGCUCAUGUCCGGUAAUUGAAUAAGUUCCUCCCGUCUCUUUCCUCCGCGAUCGGUUCCUGUUCCCGUGAAGCUCAAGACGUCGACAUUCCAACGUUCCCCGCCGACGUCUUUUUGCACUCGCCGGCAUUGAUUUCACUCGCAUUGAAUGUUUUCCUUUGUUAUUGGAUGUAAAUUGCUUUAAACUGUAUUGUGUCUGUUGCUGGAUGUCCAUAGAGAGACGAUCUGAUGACAUGUUUGUUUUUAUUGUGUAUUCUUGAGCUGUGUAGAGGAAAAAUACCGCCAGAGCCUCAGGGGAAUCUUACCUCCAUGCACGUGUGUGUGUGUGUGUGUGUGUGUGUGUGUGUGUGUGUGUGUGUGUGUGUGUGUGUGUGUGUGUGUGUGUGUGUGUGUGUGUGUGUGUGUGUGUGUGUGUGUGUGUGUGUGUGUGUGUGUGUGUGUGUGUGUGUGUGUGUGUGUGUGUGUGUGUGUCAGUCAGUCAGAAGGAGCGUCUCACAGUGCCUGUGUAAUGUCUGUCCUGUAAGAUGCUGUCCAACACCACAUAAUCCGAUUUUAGUUCCUCCUCUUCGUCGUCUGAGACGAACCAUGGCCGCCCUGCGUCACGUCUCCUCGUCAGCCGCGUUCACUCAAAGUGUUUUGGGUUUUUUCCACCCUCUGUUUCUAAAGGUCAGUGUCAUGUGCUUCCCCUCAACAAAAACAACGGCAGAUGGAUUUUGAAUUGCGGGCUUCUCUAUUUAGUCUUUAUUACAGGUGGUGCGCCGCUCCGUCUUUAUCUGUGAAUGGAUCAAGUGGCACCGGCUCCUCCCCCUCCGCUCUCCCAUGAUCCUCUCCCCAUGUCGCCUCCUCGGGCCGAGGGAGGGGCGGCUGCUCUUGGUUUAGGUGGCAUGCCAGAGCUGAACUCCAACAGCCCUCCUAGCAACGACCAGGCCGACGCUCUCACUUCCCCAGCCUGCCCGCUCGGGGUUGUCAUGGUAGCCAGGUGUCCCCACCCCCCCCCCCCCCCCCACACACACACACACACACACAGUGCACUCACACCCUCUGAGGGCUCCACCCAAGCUGCAGCACUAUCCCCAUCUGUUGCACUACGAUGCCUUACUUUCCCCCCGUGCGCUCCUGUCGUGUUUCUCUCUUCCCUCACCCGUCGCCUCCUUUUGUUUGUUUAUUCCCCGAGCUGAAAAUGGGGAAUCCAAAUAGCAAGGAGGAUGGAUGGAUCCUUUUUUUGUUUUGUUUUUUGAAAAAUGUACAGAUUUAUAGGCAUGGAUCACAUCUAUGUUUUGUUUUUUAUGUCCCCCCCCAAAGCCACUUGAAGGAACCUUGCAGGAUGCUGAUCUUAAAGAUUGUAUAGAUGAUGUGUGUUGAAGGGCUCUGUGCUCCCCUUUGGUGGCCGCUGGAGAUGUUAGAUUGGACCAAGAUAAGGAUUGUGUCUUAAAUACGUGAAGAUAAUGAGCUAGCGUUAGGCCUAGUAUGUGUUUUGUUUUUUCCAACUCAAAUCCUUGUACAUUGUGUCAAAUUUGAGGGCUUGAGCGCCUUCCGAAUAUAAAUAUAUUAAUGCCUGUAAUAUAAUCUUUGUAUAAGAGAAAGAGGGGGAAAAAAGCUUGAAGAUGUCAUCAUUACUUGUCAACAUAUCAAACUGUUUUUAAAGACCGAAGUCCUAUCUUUAUUAGAAAUGUGGAAAUUUAAACAUUUCAUUAAAUUAAUUUUAAAUUCUAAA